GUAUCACCUGAAUCCUGCACUCCUCUGACCUCCACCAAAAACUCUACGCUUUAUUAUCAACAAACCGGUUCUUUGAUAGUUGAGUGCCUUCAAACCUACAACCCUAGUAAUUUCAGCAUUGGAAUUGCAUCUUUGCCUCUUUCACUCCUCACUGUGAAAGACAAUGUCGUCCCCAGCCCCGCAGUCUUCUCCUCCUCCAGAAGUCAACCCCAGAAAACGUGGCUUAGAAGAUGAUGAUGAAGAGAUGGGAGAUAAUGGGGUUCCUUCAAGCCCUCCCGGUGGCUUCUUACCCUCGACACCCGGCUUCCGUUCCUCCCCCCCACUUAUGGAUGAUGAUGACGAUGAUGAACUCGACGAGCAUGAUGGGAUCCAAGACCUGGAGGAUAUGGAGGAAGAAAUGGAUGGUGAGGAUCUAAUGCAGGAUAUGGAGCGGGACUACACCCAAAACCUCGUUCUGGAUCAAUACGAAACCACCAACAUCGAUGAUGAAGGCGAAUAUGAUGAACUCAGCGCCGCUGAAGUACGCCGGCUUAACAAACAAAUGGAUAUGCGAGAUAAUAUGGCCCGACGCAUGCCUAGUGCCUUCUACAGUAUUGACGAGGAAGACGAUGAGAUGGAUCUAUCUAAUCAAGUUCGCCGCCGUAGGCAUCAUUUCGAUGAGGAUCCCCAGGAUGAUAUGGACAAUGUGAUGGAUGAGGAGCUCUCAUUGGAACAACUCGGUGACAUUAAAGCUUCCAGUAUUGCCGAUUGGCUCACGGUUCCAAAUAUAUACCGCAGUGUGGCUGUGCAUUUCAAGAAUUUCUUGCUUGAAUAUACGGAUGAUGUCGGCUCUUCUGUGUACGGUAACCGUAUCAGGACUCUUGGUGAAAUCAAUUCCGAAUCCUUAGAGAUCUCAUUCCAGCAUCUUGCAGAGUCCAAGGCUACGCUUGCCUUGUUCUUAGCAAACGCUCCGACUGAGACAUUGAAAAUCUUUGAUCAAGUCGCUCUUGAAGCCACCCUCCUUCACUAUCAGGACUAUGAGCGAAUUCAUUCCGAGAUUCACGUUCGUGUUGCCGAUGUGCCAACAUCCUACACUCUCCGUGAGCUGCGCCAGUCCCAUCUCAAUGCUCUCGUGCGCGUGCGCGGUGUGGUUACGCGACGUACAGGUGUUUUCCCGCAACUCAAAUACGUCAAGUUUGACUGUGCCAAGUGUGGUACCACCCUUGGCCCCUUCCAACAGGAUUCAAAUGUUGAGGUUAAGAUUUCAUACUGCCAAAACUGCCAGUCCCGUGGACCGUUCUCCCUAAACUCUGAAAAGACAAUCUACAGGAAUUACCAAAAGAUGACUUUACAAGAGUCGCCAGGAACUGUGCCGGCAGGGAGACUCCCAAGACAUAGAGAAGUCAUUUUACUCUGGGACUUAAUUGACACAGCCAAGCCGGGGGAAGAGGUAGAGGUCACCGGAAUCUACAGAAAUAAUUACGACGUACAACUCAACCAGAAAAAUGGGUUCCCUGUCUUCGCUACUGUGUUGGAGGCCAAUAAUGUUGUCAAAAGCCAUGACGAGCUCGCCGGUUUCAGAUUGACCGAGGAAGACGAAAAGGCUAUCCGUACGCUUGCAAGGGAUGAGAAGGUUGUAGACAAGAUAAUUGACUCCAUGGCGCCAAGCAUCUAUGGCCACCGCGACAUUAAGACCGCUGUCGCCUGCUCACUGUUUGGGGGUGUUGGAAAGAACAUCAAUGGAAAGCAUCAAAUACGUGGUGAUAUCAACGUUCUCUUGCUCGGUGAUCCUGGUACCGCCAAAUCGCAAGUUCUAAAGUACGUUGAGAAGACGGCCCAUAGAGCAGUUUUUGCCACUGGCCAAGGCGCAAGUGCUGUUGGUUUGACAGCAAGUGUACGAAGAGAUCCCAUGACGUCGGAAUGGACAUUGGAGGGUGGUGCUCUUGUCUUAGCUGACAAGGGAACCUGCUUGAUUGAUGAGUUUGACAAGAUGAAUGACAAAGACAGAACCUCUAUCCACGAAGCCAUGGAACAGCAAUCUAUAUCUAUCUCCAAAGCUGGUAUUGUCACUACGCUGCAGGCACGUUGUGCGAUCAUCGCAGCGGCGAAUCCGAUAGGGGGACGAUACAAUUCGACUAUCCCCUUCGCUCAAAACGUUGAACUAACAGAGCCCAUCCUAUCUCGUUUCGAUGUGCUCUGCGUCGUACGCGAUACAGUUGACCCCGAGGUUGAUGAGCUCCUUGCAAAGUUCGUUGUCGAGUCUCAUGGCCGCUCCCAUCCAGUGGGAAAUAGUUCCGCCACUCCCGCAGCUAGCAGUGACAGAAACACAAACUCCCCGAUCCCGCAGGAGUUACUCCGGAAAUACAUUCUUUACGCCCGAGAACACUGUUCUCCCCAGUUACAUCAGAUGGAUCAAGAUAAGGUCUCUCGGUUGUUUGUGGAGAUGCGUCGUGAGUCCCUUGCAACAGGGAGCUUCCCGAUCACUGUGAGACAUCUGGAAAGCAUUAUCCGGCUAUCGGAAGCCUUCGCGAAAAUGAGGCUAAGUGAAUACGUCCACUCAAAAGAUAUCGACCUUGCCAUUGCUGUUACGGUUGACAGCUUUGUUGGUGCGCAAAAGGUCUCUGUUAAGAAGAGUCUUGCGAGAGCAUUUGCGAAGUACACCUUGCCUGGGGGAGGUCCAAGGGGGCCAACCACUGGAGCAGGGAGAAGGGCUAGGGUUGCUGCUUAGAAAUAUUUUUUUCAAGUUCCUGGGGGUGAAAAUGUUGGCGCGAGUCACGAGGUGUUUGGUUCCGCUCCAUACCAAGGUUUCAGGUGUACUUUAAUAGUAUUUGGCUCAUCAAAAAAGAAAAAAGAGAGAGAAGGAAACCCAAGUGCCCUAGA